UCUGCUCAAAACCAGUCCCCACUUUCUCACUACACUACAAAUUGCACUAACUGUUCCUUCUUGUAAUAAGAGACAGAGAGCGAAGAGAGAGAGAGAGAGUGAGUGAGUACUAUGGUUUAUGUCUUAAAUUGAGGUUGCAGAGGAGUUGUUUGCAGGCUGUGAUGGCGGCGUUUGCAGAGGCGUGACUUUAAUGCAUCCAAAUCACAAUCCAACGCAAAGAAGAAUUCAAUUCAAUCCAAUUCAAUUCAAUCCAACCAAUCAUCGUCUUCUUCCUUUACCCUAAAUUUCGUGUCUGCACAAAGCAGCAAACUAGAGAACAAACUCCCAAAUCAGACUGUCAGUCACACUUUUUUUUUCUCUUUCUCUCUCUCUCUCACACACACUCACACUCACACUCACACUCACACUCACACAUAAUUUAGUUACUAGUUUUUUGGGGUUUUUUAAUCACAUAGAUAUAGAUAGGGUUUUGGUAUGGAUUUUCUCUCGAAAUUGAGCAUAAAGCUAGGUUUAUAUAGGGCUGGAAAAUGUCUGGGUUUUUUUCACUAGAAGGAGGCAAAGAUCAUCGUCAAGACCACCACCACCAACAACAAAAUCAAGAUACCGAAAACAAUAACAGCAACAGUCUGUUUCUGUUCAGAAACCAAGAGAUCUACAACAAGGGUUUCGAGCUAUGGCAGCAGUACUACCAGCUCCAUCACCAGCAACGAAUCAAAGACACCGGCGGCGGUGAUGAAAGCUACUACGCUCAUCACAGAUCAUCGUCAUCGGCGGCGGUGAUGCGGCGCGGCGGCGAAGGGGCCAACUGCCAGGACUGCGGCAACCAAGCCAAGAAAGACUGCGUGCAUCUCCGCUGUAGGACCUGCUGCAAGAGCCGCGGCUUCGACUGCCAGACCCACGUCAAGAGCACGUGGGUCCCUGCAGCCAAGCGCCGCGAGCGCCACCAGGCGCUCACGGCCGCAGCUGAUAAUAAUAAUAAUAAUAAUAUUAAUCCCAAGCGGAUCAGAGAGAGCCACGCCGCCGCAGCUCCCGUUGUCCGCUUGCCAACUUCAGGGUUCGAGGUGGGGCAGUUUCCGGCGGAGGUGAGCUCUCCGGCGGUUUUCCGGUGCGUUAGAGUGAGCGCGGUGGACGAGGCCGAGCAGCAUUACGCCUACCAGACGGCUCUGAGCAUCGGCGGCCAUGUCUUCAAGGGAAUUUUAUACGAUCAAGGCGGCGAGAGCUCCUCCUCCGCCUCUCUGGAUCUCGUCGCCAACGCCAGCAACUCACAGAUGACGGUGGUGGAUCCUUCCGUUUAUCCGACCCCACUCAACGCCUUCAUGGCGGGAACGCAAUUCUUCCCGCCACCAAGACCUUGACAUUGGCCCUAUUCUCAUUGAAGAAAGCAAUGUCUUUGGAUGGUUCUUAUUGUUGGGAUUUCAAUAAUUAUUAUGACUUUGUGCAUUGGACUAAUUGAAUUGCUAGUUAUCAUUAUUGGUAUUGUUUUCAUUUUUUCAUGUAUUUUUAUUUGAGUUUUUUGGGAAUAUUUGUUGUUAAAUACACUUUGUAGAAACA